GUGCACUCUGGGCAAAAUGAUGAGGUUUAAUUUCAUGUUAAGAUGAUAAAAUAUAAAAUAGCAUUACUAAAAAGGACAAAUAACAUAUAGAGAAGUAUGCACUUGACAAAUACCACGUUGUUUCUUCACCUUACCAAAAUAAGAAAUAAUCUAUUGCCCUCCAGGCCAUGUUUUCUUCCAGUUUACCGAUCCAGGGAGCAUGGAAGAGUGAUUUCCAAGGAGUAUGAGUUCAUCAUGAUGAACAGAUCCACUGCACAGAUAAGGGGCAUACAUAUCACAAACACAUCUCUUCAGCUUCAAGUUUUUUAAAUCCCAUCCUCCCCCAUGGAUGUAUUAAUAGAGCUACAUAUGUUGUGGCAGAGUCAGCCUUGCUUCCAAUUUGUCCAAGUGGCCAAAAAUCUUUUGUUCACACUCAUAGUUGCACCUAUCAAACACAUCAUAUCAGUGCAUUGACAUGCCAGGAAUUUUGUGUCACUGAGAACUCUGUGCAGUGCCAUCUCGAAGCUACAAUUUACAUCUCAGUUUAGAAUUUUUUUAACUUAAAAUCCACAAACAAAUCAGAGUUGCACUGUUUUGUUCAAGUUUCAACCCUUAGUGUACCUUCUGUUUGCCAGCAGGGCCAUCUCUAUUCUGUUGGCUGCACUUUUCUUCUGUUCCCUUUUGGACUUAAAGGAAGCCCAGAUACCGGUCCCAUGGACUAGCAGGUAGGCUGUGUGGAUGCAGAGGACAAACCAUCAGACAAGUGUAGGCAACUCGUUCAGGUUUCACUCUGAAGAAUGGAGGAUUUCUACAUUAACAUCACCUCACAGUACAAAAGCUAUCAUCACAGCAACAUCACCUCCCACUAUGAUCAUGAUGAGCCCAAGAAUGAUGAUUCUAACAAAAAAGUUUACUUCAUCAUGCAUGUGGCGAUAUGCAUAAUCAUUAGUAUCGGUCUUCCUUUGAUCUUCGUGGCCAUCCAUGCUCUUUAUUCUCUGGUGCGAAACGAUCAUGUUGUUCCGAUCUACGCCAUCAACCUUCACGUUUCUGACAUCAUUAAGUUCUGCUGCAUGAUCGGUGAGAUGGCAGAACCUGAGGAUUGGAAGACACCAAAUAUCUUCUCUUAUAUUCACAUCCAUUGUCUGAAUACCAGUGUUUACUUCAUGGCGUGUGUCGCCUUGGAAAGGUAUUUGGUCAUCGCCUGCCCACUGUGGUACCGCUGCAGACGAAGCAUCAAGACCUCUGUGGUGGUCUGUGUGGUGGUCUGGGUCCUUCCUCUUGUCUUUCUCCUCAUUGUCUUUUUCUUGGAUAAUACUGAUAGAGUCUUAGAAAUCUCCUCCUCCGUCCUCCUCCUCCUUCCCUUCCCACUGUUCAUAUUCUUCCUGGGUGGGACCCUCAAAGCCCUGUCUCCCAGCCGUGUCCCCUCUGACGAAAAACGACGAAUUGUGAGAACUUUGGUCCUGGUGCUGCUUACUUACACGCUGCUGUUCCUGCCCACCAUCAUUGGGUUCCUGUCAAAGGGAGCAAGAGAUAACGAUAACUUCAGUAACCUGUUUGUCAUGUUUGAUAAGUUGAGUCCUCUUGCAGACUUAGUUCUGUAUGUUUUCAUGAGGAAAGGGACCAUAGACCAGAAUGGACAGUAAUGAUGUCAGCAUAUCAACAGCAUGAAUGAUGACAACAUUUACAGUCAGCUUCAUGCAGGCAGAGAAAGAGGGAGAGAGAGGAAGGGGAGAAAACAGGAGGAGAAAUGUGGGAAAAUAGAAAGGAUGGAGACAGACGGAUUCUGCCAUCUACUGAUAUGAUUUCCAGUAAGACACCUAGCUGUAGAUAAAAGGAAGCUUUGGUUUGACUCUGCUGUGGGAGAACUGGUUGCUGGGAAAUGUUUUGGUAAACUUGUUCUGGUUCACUGUGACGGCUUCAACAAAUGUAAACAAAAUAUGAUUUUAUUAGUGUGUUAGCUGUAAGUCGGUGUCUAUCAUUAUUAUCCUUUAAUCACAGAAGCAAACCAGAUAUUAUUUUUUGAUUAACUGAGCUCAUUAUAGCCGCCUUGCUGUCAUAUUCCUAAAUCUUAAUUUUGACUGUUUUUUGUAUGUUUAACACAGGGAGAGCAUCUUAACAAGUCUUUAAGACUUGUUUCAAUUUUGGUCUCUCAUAUACAUUUGAAUUUAGUUAUUUACUUUUCCUUGUAAAUAAUAAUUUCCUUUACUUUUCCUUGUAUGACAUACUAAUACUCUGGUAUGUACAUUAUAACUGAGACUGUGUCCUGUGUCUGUCGUACAGUCUGUCUAACCGUAAAGGAUCUUGAUCUGGAUUGGGGGCGAGGUGUGAGGGGGCUGGGACGAAGUGUUGUAAUGACCAAUACAUUUACAGGAAUAAUUUAUUCCAUAAUUAAAAUUUCAAUGAAGCUGACUGGACUCUAUAAACAUACAGUUUACAUGUUUCCAUUCCAGCCUUCUCUUGAGGUUAAUGGCACCAUUUAGUUACAACUCGAAGAAAAACAAAGUAGUCAUCAAGUUUGUCACAGCAAUUUGUACAACAUUAUUUGGGAAUUUUAUUUAAAAGUAAUCAAGAAACGUUGCCAUGAAUGGUCCCCAGAGGAUGCAACUUACUGAUGUUGUUUAUCUCCUGACUUUUCCUUUCGCACCACGGUCCGUGUAUCAUCCGAUCAUCAAUUAAUCCAUUCAAUCUGGCAAACGAAAAACUAAAUGAGGGGUCAGAAUUUAGAUUUUUCAUUUUUUGUAAUCUUUACCAAAGGAAAAUGAAAACCCUGUUUUGUUAGUUUCAUCUUGAAAUGGGAAAUGUAAUAAACAAGAAAA